UACGAAGACGAAAGUGGCUGAGAGAGUUGCAAAGCUGGUUUGGUAGGAGAGAGAAAGUGGUCGAAUUUUCGAACCGAAGGGUCAGAGUUUUAGAGAGAGAGAGAGAGAGAGAGAGAGAUUGUAAGGGUAGUAGAGAGAGAGAGGGCGGAAGGGGGCGUAUCUUGAACUGUGAAUCGUUUAUUUGAUCUAUUAAUGGCGGCGUCGAUGAAAUAUUUUGUAUUGCUAUGUAUAUUCACAGCGGCAUCUUCGAUUCGAGACGUUUCAUCAUCAUCUUCUGCAUCUAUAUCCAUGUGCCAUCCUCAGCCCACUCCGUUCAUUCACGAUCUACAGUUUCAAUGCCCUCUGGCGAUCUCGUUAUCUUCGCCGAUUGAGAUGGAUGGGGAAUCCCUUGAUAGAGCUUUAAGAUCCAGCCAGAUUAAUGUAUAUACUGCCGUUUUGUUCUAUGCAUCCUGGUGUCCUUUUUCGAGUGAUCUUCAACCCAAGUUUGCUGCCCUCAGUUCCAUGUUUCCUCAAAUUAAACAUUUAAUGGUUGAACAGUCUUCAGCCUUGCCAAGCAUUUUCUCAAGAUAUGGAAUUCACAGCUUGCCCUCUAUAUUGAUAGUGAACCAGACAGCUAGAGUGCGAUAUCAUGGUCCAAAAGAUCUCCGCUCCCUUGCACACUUCUAUGAGAGAACUACAGGGCUCGAGCCAGUGGUGGAUUUGACUGAAGAUGAAACCAGCAAUUCAGAAAGUGAUCAUAAAGUCCUUCAGCCCUGGAAUCGAACAUCUCUAAAGGAGAUAUUAUUGAGGGAGCCUUAUUUGUUAUUUUCUGUAUUGUUCCUCUUCUUGAGGGCAUUCCUAUAUUUCUUCCCGGAGAUACUAUCUCGUCUAAUGGCUUUGUGGGUUGCACACAUUCCACAUCUGAAUUUGGGGAUCUUUGGAGAGUCGAGCCAGCUUGUGGGACGUGCUCUCCAGCUAAUUGAUGUAAAGAGGGUAUGGAUUAAGCUGAAGCUGUGUAAAACCAGAAACUUCCAUAACGGGGCUAGGAGUGCUCGUGUUUGGGCGUCAUCCCUGGCAUCUAUGUCCUUGGGUGAGACUUCCUCAGCAAGAACAUUCCCCUCAGGCCACUCAACAUGUAUGGGUUAAGCUUUUAACUCAAGCUCAACAAACGAGGACUUAUCUGAUGAGGAUGGGUAAGGAACAAACUUCUGUGGUAGCGAAGGGAGGUUCUUCACUUUUUGUUAGUUUCUUUACAUCUUUUCUUUUUGUCUUGUCUUUAAAUUUAUUAAUAUCCAAAGAACUUGAGCUGUUGUCCUAGUGUUGGGGAAGCAAGAAAGCAGUGGUGUAAAUUCAGAGAACGAUUUCAUAUUUUAUGUAUAUUAAUCCUACCAUUUGAGAGAGUAUUCAUACUUAUAAACUGAAUGAAUGAGGAUUGUAUAAUGUAUAAAUUAACUGCUCAACCCUAUACAUUUAAGCUUUAUGGUA